AUGCCACCCCAGAUCAAGCAGGACCUGAACCGCUCAGGCUGGGAAUCGACUGAUUUUCCUUCCGUUUGCGAAAACUGUCUGCCAGAGAAUCCUUACGUCAAAAUGCUGAAGGAGGAUUACGGGUCCGAGUGUAAAUUGUGCACGAGACCGUUUACUGUCUUCAGUUGGAGUGCUGACCGAGCCCACGGCCGAAAGAAGCGAACAAAUAUUUGCUUGACCUGCGCGCGGCUCAAAAACUGCUGUCAGGCAUGCAUGCUGGAUCUUUCUUUUGGACUGCCCAUCGUUGUCCGCGAUGCUGCCUUGAAGAUGGUGGCUCCUGGACCAUCGUCCGACAUCAAUCGCGAAUACUUUGCGCAAAACAACGAGCACGCCAUCGAGGAAGGCCGGGCGGGAGUCGAAGAAUACCAGAAGACGGACGAAAAGGCCAGAGAACUCCUGAGAAGAUUGGCUGCAAGCAAACCAUACUUUCGCAAGGGCCGCACCGUCGAGGGUUCUAAUGAUGAGACUCAGACAGCCUCCAGCUCAAGUGGUGGAAUAGGCGGCAACCCAGCCGUCGGUGCCGGUGUCGGUGGAUCAGGCCCGAUUCGUACCAGGGAUUCGAGAGCUGCCGCAGCUCUCGGCGCGAGGCCGGGCAGGGCGAAGCAAGCUUUUCCAAGCGCUGCCCAACUGCCUCCUGGACCACAGGAUUGGAUGCCCCCAGCUGAUGAGAACAUAAUGUCCCUUUUUCUCACCGGAAUCGAGGACGACCUCCCAGAGCACAAGAUCCGAGAAUACUUCAAAGCACAUGGCAGACUCAAGAGUUUGGUUUGCUCCCACAUGUCGCACUGCGCAUUUGUCAACUACGAGACGAGGGAGGCGGCCGAGCAUGCCGCCGCCGCGUGUCAGGGUCGAGCCGUCAUUGCAGGAUGCCCGUUACGUGUACGUUGGGGGGUUCCAAAAGCCAUCGGUACUAUGGACAAGGAGCAGCGUUCACAAAUGCUCAUGGACGCUCGACGAGGGCAGGUGAACGCGCGUGGAACGGAUGGCAAGGGUGUAAGAAGGCAGGUCGCCGGUCGUCCGGACGCAGGAAAAGCCGCUCACUCGCCAGCUGCGCCAGUGGUUGCGCCUCCACCAGGCUCAGACGACGGUGCGCAGUAUGCUAGUCUACAGGGUGACUGA